UCUGACGCGGCAGUUCAGUCCGCUCCGAAAGCUCUCGCCAUGAUGUCUGUCCGCUGGAAUCACCUUUGCCUCAGCCUGUUGCUGAUCUUCUGCAGCCUUCUGGCCCUGACCACAGCCCAGCCGCCCAUCACGCCACGUAAGUGCCCCGCCAACGAGUCGUACCUGCCAUGCGGCCCUAGCUGCCAGACAGAGUGCGCGACUCUGGGCAAGCCCUGCCUGAUCCAGCACAUUCGAUGCCCCGAUGGAUGCUACUGCAACGAUGGCUAUGCACGUAACUCCCGCGGCGCCUGCAUACCCCAGAGACAGUGUCGCAAGUGAGGGUACUCCACAUAACUCAAGAUCCACCAUCUGGAGGCGUGGCAAUCGAGUGACAAUAAAGCCCCCCUGGGAUGAUGAUCCAUGGCAUUGAUAA